GAAUUAGUAGAAGAAGAAAGAAUGCGGAAAUGUAACGGAUGUUUUGAAGUAAGAACGAAACCGGUGAUCUCGUUCUACUCGUUGUAUUUCAGAGAUAAUGUUCGCGAACAGACUUUAAUAAAGACAGUGAGCUCGUACUGACGCGGAUCUCCUGUCGCUCUCCAUCAGCUAGCUUAAAUGAGCUAACGGAAAAUGUCUAAAAAGUCCAAAAAGAGGAAGCACUGGAAGUCGUCUUCAUCCUCCAGUGAGGAAGAUGAGAAGGCAUCCAAAAAACAUGGUGUCCCCGACAGUUCCAGAUGUGUUAAGAGGAGGCAGGAGAGCCGUGCAGCAACAAAGGAAAAGUCUGUUUCUUCUUCAACAAAAGAUGAUUCCCGAAGCGCCCGCCGGAUCAAAACACCCGUCUACAGACACGCAAAAACAGAGACAACAGACCAGAAACCUGUUAAUAAUGGGGAAGAAUGCACAAAAACAAAAAGUGUCUCUUUGCCAUUCCGAGGGAUAAAUUGCUCUGAUAAAACAAACGAUUAUGUUUCAGGGAAACAUAAAACGGUUAGUGGGAGUAAGACUGCGGAGAGAGGUUCCUCAAAGCCCUCGAGUUCUGACACUAAAGGCAGCUUAUCUGCAACGUCUUCCCGGAGGAGGCCAUCCACUUUACAGAGUCGAACAUGUCCAAGUUUGGUUUCUGCUGAAGAGAAGGAACAGAGUCACAAAUUACAGAAGAAGAAAUGCAGAACUGAGGAACCACCAAAGACUAGAAGGGAGAGCCACACUAUGAAGACCAAGGAACCAAGCAGGACCUCCUCUGUCCUCAUAGAUUCUUUACUGCAGAAGAGAGAGGAGCUGGUGAAAAAGAUGUGCCAACGGCAUCAAGAAAAUGAUUCCAAGGCCGAAAGGAGCCAGUGGACAGAAGCUAAACCUCCAUCUGCCUCCACCACAAAUCAGUCCUCCACCACAAAUCAGUCCCUCACCACAAAUCAGUCCCUCACCACAAAUCAGUCCUCUACCACAAAUCAGUCCUCCACGCAAAAUCAGUCCUCCACCAAAAAUCAGUCCUCCACCACAAAUCAGUCCUCCACGCAAAAUCAGUCCUCCACCAAAAAUCAGUCCUCCACCACAAAUCAGUCCUCCACCCAAAAUCAGUCCUCCACCAAAAAUCAGUCCUCCACCACAAAUUGGUCCUCCACCACAAAUCAAUCCUCCACCAAAAAUCCGUCCUCUACCACAAAUCAGUCCUCUACCCAAAAUCAGUCCUCCACCACAAAUCAGUCCUCUACCAAAAAUCAGUCCUCCACCACAAAUCAGUCCUCUACCAAAAAUCAGUCCUCUACCACAAAUCAGUCCUCCAUCACAAAUCAGUCCUCAGCCUCAGCCAAGCACUCUACCUCAGAGAGAAGCUCAAAACUGGUGAAGAGUUUCACUUUAAUUCCGAGGAGUGUCACUUCAUCGGCACAUAAGACAGCAUCAUCUGCUCAGCAUCAAAAAGAUUCUCUCAAACCUACUCUGCCUGUCAGUUUUAAGAUACCAAAGAAGGUUCAACCAAAACCAGUAGAUUAUACAAGUUACUACAAUGCUGCCAUUUCUGCUAAGAGAAAUCUCAAACGUGGGACCGAGCUUCCAGACUCUCGGGCCAAAGUAACAAACUCCAAGGAGAAAACAGUCCAACAACCUCAGAGCUUUUUCAAUGUAACUCAGAUUCCUUCAUCUGAAGGACAAGAUAAGACUUCCUCCUUGUCUGACCCAAUCCAAACUGUAUGUGAUGCCACCCAAGAGCCGUGGUAUGACCAGAUGCAGGUGGCUGAUGAGCUUCAUCUUGCCCGUAAUGAGAAGAAAUUGGAGGUGAAUGUAAUGCAGAGCUAUGGAGAACUGACCUCUAUGGAAAUAGAUCCUCCCGAAGAGCCAGCUCCAGAUCAAUGCUGUAAACACUCCCCUCCACAAGACCUCAUCCUGGUUCUGGACACCAACAUUCUCCUCAGUCACCUGGAUUAUGUGAAAAAGAUCCAGUCUCUGGGCCUUGGAGCCCUGGGCCUCCCUGUGGUCCUGAUCCCCUGGGUGGUGCUUCAGGAGCUGGAUUCCCUAAAAAGAGGGAGAGGCCUGUCAGGUUCUGUGGCACACCUGGCUACUCCCGCCAUCUCGUACAUUUACAACACUCUGAAGGGCCGGGAAUCGAACCUCUGGGGCCAGUCCAUGCAGCAGGCCGCUGAGAGCAGCAAUGGCCCGCUCGCUGAGAAUAACGACGACAGAGUUCUGCAGUGCUGCCUGCAAUACCAGAGUCUGUACCCAGGGCGUGCUCUCAUCCUAUGCACUAAUGAUAAGAACCUGUGCAGUAAAUCCAUUCUGAGUGGGGUUGAGGCCCUCAGCAAGAAUGAUUUGGAGGCAGAGGUUGGGAGAUCCAGACGCAGCCUUCGCCCUCUCCUCAACACCGGCACUCCCAUGGUGCCUCCCACAAGUCCUCAGAUCUCCUCACCAGCGCUGAGCAGGAGUCACACGCCUGCCCGGCCUCAUAUUCAAGAGAGAACAGGCCUCUCUGUGGCACCCAUAGUGAAAUAUAACCAGCAGCUCAGUGGAGGAGGAGAAGUGAAGGCAAACAGGGACCUCAGCAGAUGUGUUUCUGAGCUGGAAGACAGCCUGCGGGAGGUGCUGUCUGAUGUGUUGGAGGUGGAGAUGAAGGCGGCUUUUGAAGAACUCUGGCUCGAGAUCGUUUAUCUCAAACCACCGUGGACUCUUCGAGAUGUCCUGCAGUGCCUGAAAAAACACUGGAUUGCCGUAUUUGGUCUCAUCGUGCCGCGGCGGAAAGAGCAGACUGUUUUAAAUCUCAUCGAAUUCUUCCACUCAGGUAAAACCUCGGACUGUGAUGCCACUUUACAAGCACUUCAAGAAGCCAAGGAGCUUGUGAAAGCAUUUGGGAAAAGUUCAAGCCUUGUACCCGGCGCCAUUUCCAUAAUGGACAACAUUUUCAAUAAGCUACAACCUCAGCCUCAUGCGAGUGUGUCGGAGGAAUCUCCUGCCUGCGAUGUUGUCAUGAAUGACGAGGACGAAGACGGACAAGUCAUGUCCUCUCAGGUCACCCAUCAGGAAGUGUGGGCCCUGUUUGAGAACAUCUGGAGUAACGUGUAUCAGGAGAGCUUGGAAGUGUUCAAAGCGCUGGGCUUUGACCCUCACACCAUGCAGGGUGUCCGGCCAGCGGGGGGGCCUCCGCCACCACAGGACGCCGUGGCCUGUUUGCACAAACUGUCCAACAUGGUGUCACAGCUGCUUCAAGCCUUCAGCAGUUUGUUUUCCUCGGCCCCGAGUUUGGAGAAAGUCCAGACACUGCUCAGCAUCAUCCACUUUCACAAGGUCGUUAAUGUGGACUCCAGAGUGACACCUGCAGACCUACUUGAUUGUUUCUCACAACAGGAGUACAGGGAGAAGCUGAGGGUCGGGGGGACGCAGCUGCAGGGUCUCCACGAGGCCCUCGGGCGUUGUGCAGGGGCCACAGGUCACGACCUCUCCUUCACCACGUCGCCCUGAACAGACUCGAGUCAGGACGUCGGCCUUGAGUAACUGACAGAGGGACACACUGUGUGUGUUAAAGGGACGUCUGCUUUUAUGGUGCCUACUGGGGUUUUCUUUUAAAUAAUUUAUAAACAUGUGUUAUUACAGAGACAACACUGUUCUCCUCCCCUGAUUGAAUGGAUGACUGUGGAUGUACUAAAUGAAGCAACGUUCUACAGUCACAUCCUCGUUAUUUAUUCUUUUGCAGCUUUCGGUUACUGAACAUGUUUCCAAGAAGUGUAAAUUAUCUGAGAUCAAAUAUAUUUUUAAGGAAGAGUUUUAU